UGCAUUCCGUUUUUCUCCUUUUAUGUAUCAGUCGUAAUACAUUGUUUUAGAUAUUGAAUUCUGUCUCGACCAAAGGCUUAUUUGACGGUAUACUAUCCCUGAAUAAGAGUUGGGAGUGUACCAAAUGACAGAUCAAAGUAUGAAAGAAGCGAAUCUCAAUUGUAUAAACAGAAUGAAUGAUUAUAGUUAAAAUAAAUUAAAACAAUCUUAACCAUUGUGUAUACUGUAUAGGUUAUAUGGUUAAAAUUCUCUUUUCACCUCUUAUGCACGCAUUACAUGUCUAUGAGGAUGUGUAAAUUUACAUCAUGCAACCAAUUCUCCUUGAGAACUAGAAAUCUAGGUUUUUUUUUUUUUUGAAAAAAUACAAAUUUUAUGCGAAACAUUACGGAUUAAGUAAUAUAAUCUGUAUAAUAUCCUCUUACAACCAAUAGAAGUUGCUUUUCUAACAAAUUUUUUUACCUAAAUAAUAAAUAUCCAUCUCUCCAACCAUUAAAAUCAAAAUUCUAAACAUGUUUGUUGGAAAAAAAAAUGAGUAAAGUGUCAUUUAGUUCCUAAUAUUGAAAGAGGUUGUUAGUUAUUUACUAGUUUAAAUUGAGGUGAAUUACAUACAAAAAAGGUUUUUCUAAAUAAAAAAUCUCCUUUAUCUUUUUUCAUAAAAAGAAAAAUAUCUUUUCAAAUUUAAAACUUGUAAUAAUAGAAUAAAAUAAAAAAAAAAUAGAUUCUUUUUAUUGGAGGUGUAACGAAUACUUUGUAAUUUAAGGGGCUGCAGCUGCACUCACCUGAUUCGUUCUAAAGGUUUCGACGGUAAAGAGGUCAUUGUCCUUUACCUCUUACCUCUUCAUUCUCUUCCCUUGAUUUGUUUCAUUCUCUUAUUGGUGAUUCAGCCUCAAGGUUUUAGUGAGGCGCGUAGACUGCGGCGUUGUCCUCGUCAAUUUUCUAUAAGUGGGCUCUCAAUGUGUCUUUUCCUUUGCGAGUCUCUGAUUCUGGUGUUACAUAAGCUUAUUUAUUAAUUAUAUCAUCUGUUUUAUUUCACUAAUUAGCUUAUUAUUGAAUUAAUGUGGCAACUCCUUGGCUAAAGUGGAGUUAAAUUUAUUACGUAACACAUGGCUUCCUUGAUGGAGCUAUUUAAGGCCCCGUAACUCCUCUCCUUACCUUCAUUCUAAUUAAUCAGUUUUACACAUUCUCUCUCUCUCUGAAGACUCGAAAUGGUUCUUUCGAAACCUGCCUCUCAGACAGAUGUCUCUGUCCAUUCAACCUUCGCCUCUCGCUAUGUCCGCGCCUCCCUCCCCAGGUUCAAGAUGCCGGAACAAUCGAUUCCGAAGGAAGCGGCGUACCAGAUCAUAAACGACGAGCUGAUGCUUGACGGGAACCCUCGGCUGAACCUGGCCUCCUUUGUGACGACGUGGAUGGAGCCUGAAUGCGACAAACUCAUCAUGGCUGCCAUCAACAAAAACUACGUCGACAUGGAUGAGUACCCUGUCACCACUGAGCUCCAGGUAACAUCCCACUUCUUCCAUGCUUCUCUACCUUCAAUAUCUAUUCCAUCAAUACAUAACAUCCUCUUAUUGCCAAUCAACGCCCUCAAUUUCCACUCUCAACAAAAUUACUCUUUUAUCUCACCAUUUCAAUACAAAAUCAUUCUUUUUUUUAUUUAUAUAUAUAUUUGUAUAAGAGCCUUAAGAGGACCAUUUUCUUAAAUUGCUUUUUCUUGC